UGUUGCAGAGUUCCCCAGUUUGAGCGUAAAAUGCGGUGAUUUCAGGGAGGACGCGACAUCUGGAGAAAACUAGAGUGCAGUGCUACAAGCGAUUCGAAGAUGAAGUGGCCAUUAGUGCUGACUUGCUUUCUGCUGCCGCAUUCGUGCAUCCUUGGUGCAUCGCAUGCCUGUUGCGAGUUUCCGGCGCAGUGGAACGGCCAUUGGUUUCAAUCGGGGAUCGAGGGGCUGGUGACUGUGAACGGGUCCAUGAUGACCAGCAAGGGCCGCUGCAUCGAGACCAAAGACGACAAGUUCCUCAUUCAGGACACAGAGAUAGAUUGCUAUAGGUGCAUCGUCAUGCACAUGAAGCAUCCGAAUGUUCUUCAGUAUAAAGAAACCUAUUGCAUCACAGCGUCGCCAAAACCUACUCUGCCAUUCAUAUGCAGCGAGUUGAGAAGCGAUGCCAUAUUAAUUUCUCUAUUUCGCACGGGGGCAGCUCCGAUGCCCUGUCCAUUUAAGGGGCCCCUGGAAUUCACGUAUAGUCAUGGCGAAGGGGAGUGUAAGUCGCCGUUAUCAGCGGCAGAAACCUGCACUCAAGAAUCGCGAUUGCUUUUCCGCUACCAGGCGUGUGCCAAUGUGCUGUCGUCUGAAAGCGUCGAUGUGGAACUAGAGUGCCUAGCCACGUGGAAGGAGAGCAGCACGCACAAUCUAGUGGCGAGGUUGCACGCUCCGCGGAAAACUAGCGACGAGGACAGCUAUAGAUGCUUCAUCUAUGAACAAACUUCGAACAAUUCGUGGAAUUUGGCGCAAAGUGAGGAUGCCUCUUGUACUGGCUUGAUCAGCGUUAAGGAGGCUGCCAAGACGUUCAAGAUGAAACAGAAAAAUUCAACCGAACGUUGCUCCUAUCCAUCAUGGGUGGUGGACAAUAAAUUGUGGGUGGCUCUGGACCCGAUAGCAUCUCGACUACAGGCGUCACCUUACAAUCUGACGAUUGUAAAUCGACAGGAGACUCGUCUCGUGUGUCACUCUGUAGUCCCUCUUAACGAUCGUCACGAGCAUCCUGACAGAGAGAAUCAGGUGCAGUACGUCGCCAAGGCUACCCUCGAUUGCACGAAUGGCUAUGUGUGCCUGAUGUUUCACAGAAGGGAUAGCCACAUAAUAGAAUUGCAACUGUCGGAAUGGAGCCAGCAGCCCGACGACGUGUGCAACUCGAGUACGUUCAACUCCCACUCGACGCCGUACACGACGUUCAUUACACCAGACCCAAUUACCAAGCAGUGCCCCAACCUUGGUCGCUACAAGAUUGUGUCUGUGCUACACAAUCACAAUGGUGACAAAGCGGAGGACAUAUUGGGCGUGGAUGGUGAACCAAUGGUCAACGCUGCUGAGGUUCAAGAUGUCAGGGUCACGUCGACACCUUAUCCAGGACGGUGUCGCUAUCGACUGGAUAUCGGUUGCAAGACGCCGGAUCGUAUGGAGUUUGCUACAUCGUGCAACGACGAAACACCACCAGAAUAUUCGUGCCAUGGAACUUGGAUCGAGAACGACACAGCCUAUUUGGUGGCGAGCACCGAGAAAGGAAGAUACUGUCUCGUUUACAGUGCUUCUGCAGCGGCGACAGGAAGUCGCGAGCUCUCGGUGACGGGCCAUCUUGCUUCCUGUCCGAGGGCUUCUCAUCGUCAUGUAGUUUCAUGGCAGGUCAACCUCACGUCGUAUGCGCAAUGCGGCGACAUCUCGACGGCCACGUCGUGGACCUUCCGGAUUUCUGCCUCGGUUUACAUCCUGGCAGUGCUGGGCACCUUGUUCGGCAGAUACAUCGCGAGGUGAUACCACUGAGUGAAGGAACUAGGCCACGUGACGGCUGUGUAGUACCAACCUGCUACAUAAAACUCGAGUCGUCGGUACAUCAACUACAAACAACAACAACAAAAAGAAAAAAAAUCUCUAUAUAUAUAAAUAUAAAUAUAAAUAUAUAAAUACAAAGUAAAAAAAUAUAUAUAUAUAAAUACAAAGUAUAUAUAUAUAUAUUAAGUGGAACGAUUUACGAACGAAGGAAUGAACACGGAAUGCGUGUCGGGAGAAAGUAACCUAAAUAAUCAAGCAUAAAUAGCGUGUAAGUGUCCGUGGGUGCGAGUCGUACAGAGAAAAGGGCGCGACAGAAAAAAUGAGAUAGGAGAGGGGAGAAACAGAAGCUUGUUAGAGAACCUAGUCGUUGCUUGGAACAUGGCGGAUCCUUGGAUCAAACCUUCGAUGUACAUACAGAUACGUGUACAUGUAUAUAAAAUUCACUUAAGGAAGCUUCCGUUUUAUUGGAGUAGUUGCUUCGGAAAGUAUUGUCUUCUUUUAAGGGUCAGGGAGAACCGAACCCUUCUGCAAACGAGCAUGUUUUCUUUAUAAGGCCGAAUUGGGUGAUGGGAUCUUGGGAGGUUUUUAGAGCAAUUGCUUUUGGCUGAAUUUUUCUCUUGCCUCUCCUUUUUAAACUUUUCUCCUUUUAUUUGUCUAUGUAGCGUUUACUGGACUAUCGAUCUUCUUUUAUUCGUCGAUCGAUGAAAAUGUUGUUAGGCGUGUCACUUCUAGAUUAUUUUCCUAUUCGUAGAUGGGUAAAAUUAUUAAUUAUUGGAUUAUUUAUAUUCUUGUAUUUAUAAGUAACGUACAUUUGCUUAUUUACAGAUUUAUCGCAGGCAAAAUUAAUAUUGCUUCUGUCCACUAGUAUAAUUUCUGUUUUAAACUACGUAAUAUUCGAAUUUCAAUUUAUUUCAAGCUUUCCAAAUUUUUCCAAAUAUUUCAUUCCAAUCGAUCUUUCGAUUUCCCUGGCAAUAUCGAAAUACACGCGGAACUUUCGAAUUCCAAAAAUCUAGAUUGCUACAUUUCCCAAGCAACUCGAUUCCCCGCAAUUAACCUCGCUAAUUAGGAACCUCCCUGGCCGAACGCAACGUGCAACGCAUCGCGCGAAUCCAAUUUAAAAAAAAAGCACGAACAGCAAAAACGCCGAAAAAAGGACAAAAAAGAAUUGCAGAAAAUCCUAACCGCUAAAAAAGUCGAAAAAAAAAAAAAAAAAAACGAGAACUAAAGGGUGCUGGGGCCAAUAUUGUGUGCGUUCUGAGUGGUGAUACUAGCCCACGUGUUUGUGAGUGAGAAAGAACCAGAUAGCAAAACGAAGAUCUGAGAAAACAAAAAAGAGAAAAACCAAAAAAAAAAAAAAAAAAACAAGAAACGAGAGAAAACAGAAAGAAGCGAGUGUGAGAGAGAACGAGAAACUUAUGACACUUAUUUAGGUCCAGGACGUGUCCGCCAUGUUCGAAGUGGUGCGUGCUGUUCUCCAGGUCGAACAGAAAACGUGUAUUUGCUCGGAACAGGAACGUUUCAGCUGUAAUCGUACGCGUUUUAAUUAAAGUUCCACUGCACUCGAGCGAAAAGAGAGAGAGAGAGAAUUUUUCUGACGUAUGCGUGGAUAUGUAUGCGUGUGUACGAGUGCAGAAAUUUCAAAAUAACGAAGAGAAAGGAAAAUAGCGAAGAAACAGGUUUUCCGCUGCGCCACGAGCACCAAUGGCUCAGAACGAUUAUUAUUAUUAUUAUUAUUAUUACUGCCAUUAUUACGAUUAUUGUGUCGUCGUGAGAGCUAGAACGAAGGUGUAAAUGUGGACUUCUCUCUUCUUCUGUGGCUUCUUUCGCGUGGUUUUCUUUCAGUUCUUGCCACCCCUCGGCUUUCACUCGUGAAUUACCCCUAAUGUAUGGGUGAUUAGGCGACUUUGGAUCGUAAGACACGCCGAAAGCUAAUGUAACACUGUUACGAGGAGAAUACAGGCGGACUGUAGGAAUUUUUCGUGAUCCGAUGUGAUCCGAUUUACGUGAUCCUCUGGUUUACGAAUUUCUACCCUUGGUCGACUCUUAAAACGAAAGCGAGUUUGAAUGGAUCGAGUGGAUUUUGUGAUUUCAUUUAUGAUUAAAAUAGAUUUAACGAAUAUAUUUAUUUUGAUUUUUAAUCUAGAAUUAAUUUCUUUAGGUAUCGGUACACGACAUUUAAAUUUAAGGAGAUUUAUGUUAUUGGAUUUACAGUUUGCAUUAAAUUUAUAAUUUAAUCGAUUAUGUAAGUUUCUAUUCAAGUGUUCAAUUUUAUUUGCGUUAGAUUUAAAUUAGAUUUAAUACUGAAUCUAUAUACAUGAUCCGAUCGAUGGAAAUAAUGAAAAUUGCGAAACCAUUGUAUUUCAUGCAAUGUAAAGUGGAGAUCGUGAAUUUAAGAGUCGAUGAUAAGGAUCGACUUAGCAACAGAGAUCGUACGAAACUGAGCGAAGGAAAGGUUACUGUACAGUGACUAUUCAGUCCAUUUUUUGCUUUGGAACAGACUAAAUUUUUUCUUAUAAGUCAAAUAUUUGAUACUUUCUAUCGAAUCAACGACGUUUGUGAGUUAUAAAGAGAAAUAACGAAAGACAAUUUUUCCUCGUCUUUUACAUGAAUAAUUUGUCAUAUGGGAAGAAUGAAGAUACUGAAAUAUUGGAAAAAAUAAAAAAAAACCAUAACAAAUUGUGAAACGAAGACCUGAAAAUGUUCAAUCCAUAGAAGAAAUUAAUAACUUGGAAGUCACAAAAGUUCAAAUAUUAAAAGCAGAGAUUACAAAGGGAAAUACUCGAUAAUUAAUUAAAAAAAAAAAAAAACGUAAACUCCAGAGCAAUAAAAGGAUUGACUGGGUCACGGACAAGGGAUUAUUAAGAGAACCACGACAUAUCGAUAAAUCGAGAGAAUUCGAACAAGGAACUCGGAGAAGCUGGUAGGUAGCGUUAGAUAAUCAAUUAUCUCAUCAACUUCCUAACCUAUGAAACCAAGUAGACGAAACAAACGGAACGAUACCGAUGCUGAAACAACUUUAAAAACAUUGAAAUGAAAGAAAUGUAAUACGCAAAGAUCCAAAAUCUCGACAAAUUACAGAUAUUUUUCACCUGGAGCUAUUUUAAAUAAGGGCCUGCCAAUAACUAUACGAACGAAGGAAAGAGAUAAGGGGCAGUACUAUGAUCGCGUAAAUUUAGUCGGUUCGCUAUACAUACUUGGAUAGUUGGAUAUACAUACUAUAAAUACAGAUAUAAAUACGGGAUAUAAAUAUUAUAAAUAUUAUACAUACGUUAUGUAUACAUAUAUAUAUAAAUAUAUAAAUACUCGAGGACAAUUCGAUGUUGGCUAUAAACUUGUAAACUAUUAGGUAGAUAGAAGAAAAGAGAAAGAAAGGGAGGACUUCCUCCGAAUGAAUGGAAACAAGCGAAUAGAGCGGGUUGCCAGUGUCCAGGCGUACAGGUUUUAUACUAAUCGAGGCAUCUCGAUGCUUUUUGAUGUCUUUGUUAUGUCCAAUUCACUGUAUACUGUGUUAUAUAAUAUUAAUUAAUAUAUAUAUAUAUAUAAUAUAUAUAUAAUUAUCGUAAGGAUUGUAUGGUUCUAUUAAGAACUGUGAAAGUUUUUAUAAAUUCGUCUUUAUAGUAUCUAAGAGCGCAUGAAAGGUCUAUAAAAUUUUGUGAUACAUUUGACGAUCGAGUUUUGUGAUAUAGUGCCGUUUAAUUGUGUUUGGAAAAUUUGUUGUGGCUUACUUAUCUUUUUAGAACCGAUUACUUUUGCUCGAUUUUAAUUAAAUUAAGUUUAUUAUUGGGAAAUUCUUGAACCAAAGUUCAACUGAUCUUAUGUAUGUUAAUUAAAAAUUAAUUUAUGAUUACCUGUGUUAAUUACUAUUAUUAAUCGAACCAUAGAAUAUACCUAAUUUGUUAGCUUAGUUCUAAUCUCUGACUCGAGCUUCAUUUUACUCCAACUUAAUUUUAAUUAGUCUUAGAUGUAACCUAUGGCUUAGCUAGACUAUAUUUACGAACUUAAAGAUUCGUAUAGUAUAUCUUGAAUAAAAUAAGCUUCGUAUAGUUACGAAUUUAAUAUAAUUUCUAACAACUUGAAACUUUAUUCUAUAUGAAUCAUUUUACUUUUGUUUAACUACUCUAGUCAAUUCCAAGAUGAUAGACGACAAGAAUAACAAGCUUUAAGUAUUCAUAAAUUACUAAUCUUAAAAUUAUUAAUAAAUCUUUUAUACGAUUUUAAAUAAAAUCCGGAACUGAACAAAGUUAUAUCUUCUUCUACAAUUCCGAAUAAAAUUGGGGACUUACACAUUUUAGGUUUCUACAUAUAUCGUAAUAUUUAGACACAGAAGCAUCGAAAUGUCUCAAUAAUUACAACAAACAAUGCCGGAUCGCUGUGGCUGCGUAUAAGGCACUCGAAACUCUGAAGAUCGAUUAAAAGCUCGACGAACCGAUAGGUCAAGCAUCAUCCCACAUUUCUAGCUAGAAAAAAAAAUCAAAA